CUGUUAGUAAAAGUAAAACUUUUCAGAUUUUGAAACAACACACACAUUGAGAUUCCCGAUUCAACUCUUUUUCCCAAAAGUCCAAACACAACACCAACGUCAACAAUAAUAAAUUAAUACUAAUUCUCACAUCUCACGGAGUUACUGUUCCACAACCCAACACUCUUUUGCCACACUCUCAUACUAGUAUGUCACAAACACACAUCAUCAUCAUCAUCCCCAACACCAACAUUGUCCUGCUUCAUCUUCUUCAUCUCUUCACUUUCACUCCCCGAUGAAGGGUCACUAUUAGGUUGAUGUGUAAAGGUUAAAAAUUUGAACUUUAUAUCAUGGAGCUGUCAACAAACACUAAACCUGUGAAACCCAGCUCAAAUAUAUCAGAAAUGGUUUACAAAUUUGCCAAAGUUUGUAAGUUGAAGUCUAUUGGGGUUUUCACUUCUGAAACCCCUAAUCUUCAACAUUUGCAUAGACCUAUUGAAGUUCAACCUCACUCUAUUGUUGAAGUGAAAACCAAAGAGGAUUCUUGUGGUGAUUUGGGGAUCUUGAAUAAGAUAUUUGAUUCUGUUUUGGAUUUGAAGUUUGCAUAUCUUGAGCUGCAACAAGCUCAUAUUCCGUAUGAUCCGAAAAAGAUUGUGGCUGCUGAUGAUGCUGUUGUGGCUGAGAUUGGGAAGCUUUGUAAGAUUAAGAGGGAGUAUAAGGAGAAGCAAUCGAAGAAGGCGAUUAUCAAUGCGGAACUUUAUGAACUUUUUAUGAAGGAAAUUAUGGCAAAAGAGGCCUUUUUAGGGAAGCUUAAGUCUCGAAAAAGUGCGAAAGAUUCUAAGCUUAUUCGGUUGCGGCAACUACGUGAUGAUUUGGAAAUAGGGAACAAGAAUCUGAGUGAGAAAAUCAAGCAGAUUAGGUUAGAGGAAAGAAAAAAUUCGAGCGUUUUGAGUGUUGCUAAGUUUCAAGAUGUCUUUAAGGCUGCUUCGAAAUCUAUUCAUGAUUUUGCGAAACCGUUGAUUAGUUUGAUGAAAGCUUCGGGUUGGGAUCUUGAUAUAGCCACAAAGUCGAUCGAGAACAAUGCUGUGUAUUCGAAAAAAUGCGACAAGAAAUAUGCUUUCGAGGCCUACAUUGCUCGGAGGAUGUUUCAUGGGAUUGCAUUAACUUCCUAUGAUGUGAGUGAUGUUAUGAAGUUUGAUGACCCAUACGACGCACUAAUGGAGAAUCCCGAGUCAAAUUUCGCAAGCUUUUGCCGAGCAAAAUAUCUUCUAGUUGUUCAUCCUGAAAUGGAGGAGGCGUUCUUUGGCAAUUCGGAGUACCGCGAAUUCAUAGCAAGCGGCAAGCAUCCAAGAACAGAAUUCUAUCAGUUAUUUGCAAGAAUGGCAAAAUGGAUUUGGGUUUUGCUAGGAUCUGCAGUCACAAUAGACCCUAAUGCUACCAUGUUUUCUGUGAGCAAAGGAAGCAUCUUCUCAACCGCAUACAUGGAAUCUAUCGGGAAAGAAAACGAAUUCGCAAGUCCUUCCGACGAAGAACAACUAGUAACCUACAAAGUUCAGUUUAUGAUCAUGCCAGGGUUUAAAAUUGGACCGACUAUCGUGAAGUCUCGAGUCUAUGCUUCGCAACACCGUUCAAGCUAAAUGAUCGCCACUUUAACCGGUAAUUCGGCUUCUCGAACAGCCUAAUUUUGUGCUUGAAUACUUUUGAUGGUAACUUAGAUAGUCAAGAUAACAAUGACUUCUAGGAUAUGCUAGAACUUUGAAUCAUCAUCACUAUAUGUGUAAUCUUAAGACAUGAAUACUUUAUAUAUCUUUC